GUGCCAGGUGAGUGCUCAGGUAUGCGGAGGCGGCGCCGGCCCUGGGAGGGGGCAGGAGGGAGGGGCCGCCCCCUGGAAGAAGGGGAGCUGGAGAGUGGGCCUGCUGGUGCAUGUGGACGGAGCCUGACGACAGGGGCCGGAGUUCUGAGCCAGGAUUCCUGAGCCACUGAGAAGAUAAGGCUGGAAGACAGGAUCCCUGAGUAGAGGAAGAAAAUCGGGGCACCUCCAGGUGGAAGGAGCUCCCCAUUCUCUGCACCAUGAGCACCACCACAGGCCCAGAAGCUGCCCCCAAACCGAGUGCCAAAUCUAUCUAUGAGCAGAGGAAGCGUUACUCCACUGUGGUGAUGGCCGACGUUUCCCAGUAUCUUGUCAAUCACCUGGUGACAUUCUGCCUGGGUGAGGAGGAUGGCGUGCACACGGUGGAGGAUGCCUCGCGGAAGCUGGCCGUCAUGGACAGCCAGGGCCGGGUCUGGGCCCAGGAGAUGCUGCUGCGCGUGUCUCCCAACCACGUCACGCUGCUCGACCCGGUCUCCAAGGAGGAGCUGGAGUCGUACCCGCUGGGCGCCAUCGUGCGCUGUGACGCGGUGAUGCCGCCCGGCCGGAGCCGCUCGCUGCUGCUGCUCGUGUGCCAGGAGCCGGAGCGCACGCAGCCUGACGUGCACUUCUUCCAGGGCCUGCGCCUCGGGGCGGAGCUGAUCCGGGAGGACAUCCAGGGGGCCCUGCACAACUACCGCUCCGGCCGCGGGGAGCGCAGGGCGGCGGCGCUCAGGGCCACGCAGGAGGAGCUGCUGCGCCGCCCCUCGCCGACCGCCGAGACUCCGCCUCUGCAGCGCCGCCCAUCGGUCCGCGCUGUCAUUAGCACCUAUGCGCCGGCCGCGGGCCGCGGGCGACCCCAGGUGGAGCCCAUCCCCGAGGCGGAAGAGGCGCGGCGGCCCGGCCUGGCGCACAGCUCUACCGGAGCUGACCCGGCCUCCCCGGACCUGGGCCCCCGCGGCCCAGACUUGGCUGGUCUGCAGGCAGAGCGGGAUGUGGACAUCCUGAACCACGUGUUUGACGACGUGGAGAGCUUCGUAUCGAGGCUGCAGAAGUCUGCGGAGGCGGCCCGAGUCCUGGAGCACCGGGAGCGAGGCCGCAGGAACCGGCGGCGGGCGGCCGGGGAGGGCCUCCUGACGCUGCGGGCGAAGCCGCCCUCCGAGGACGAGUACAUCGACGUGCUUCAGAAAAUCAAGUACGCCCUCAGCCUGCUGGCCCGGCUGCGCAGCAACAUCGCCAACCCCUCCUCCCCAGAGCUGCUGCACUUCCUGUUCGGACCUCUGCAGAUGAUUGUGGACACGUCAGGCGGCCCCCAGUUCGCGAGCAGCGUGCGGCGCCCGCACCUGACAUCCGAAGCCGUGGCGCUGCUGCGGGACAACGUCACCCCACGUGAAAACACGCUCUGGACCACGCUGGGGGACUGGUGGACCCGCCCGGGGCUGGAGCUGCCCCCGGAGGAAGGACCCCCAUACAGCCCCGAGUUCUACAGCGGCUGGGAGCCGCCGGCCACUGACCCGCAGGGCCGUGCCUGGGAGGACCCAGUAGAGAAACAGCUACAGCACGAGCGGCGGCGCCGGCAGGUGAGGCUAAGGCUUCCAGGGGAGCAACAAGCUCCCCGUCGCGACACAGCGGGCCGGGGCCUGGAAGUCUGGCCCCGCCUGACCAGCUGCUCUCAUCUCCUGCAGCAAAGCGCCCCCCAAGUUGCUGUCAAUGGUCACCAAGACCAGGAGCCAGAGGCUGAGCCUCAGCCGGAGCCGGAGGGGAAGUGGGUCCUAUGUAAUUAUGACUUUCAGGCUCGAAACAGCAGCGAGCUAUCGGUCAAGCAGCAGGAUGUGUUGGAGGUCCUGGAUGACAGGCGCAAAUGGUGGAAGGUGCGGGACCAGAUUGGGCAGGAGGGAUACAUACCCUUUAAUAUCCUAACACCUCACCCAGGGCCCCGGCGGAGCCGCAGCCAAAGCCCUGCCCAGAGUCUGAACAGCACUGCCCCUCCCCGGCCCGCGCCGGCCCCUGCCUCGGCUCAGCCCCACUGGGACAGCUGCAGCAGUCUCACCAGCUUGGACCCUAGCCACACAGAGAAAUUCUCCCAGAUGCUCAGUGUCAACGAGGAGAUGCAGGCGCGCCUGGCCCAGGGCCGCUCGGGCCCCAGCCGCGCAGCCCCGGGACCUCGCGCCCCGGAGCCGCAGCUCAGCCCGCGCUCGGCCGCCUCAGAGGUCCGCGCCUGGCUGCAGGCCAAGGGCUUUAGCUCCGGGACUGUGGAUGAGCUGGGCAUGCUGACCGGCGCGCAGCUCUUCUCGCUGCAGAAGGAGGAGCUGCGGGCGUUGAGCCCUGAGCAGGGGACGCGCGUCUACAGUCAGGUCGCCGUGCAGCGUGCGCUGCUGGAGGACAAAGAGGAAGUGUCGGAACUGGAGGCGGUGAUGGAGAAACAGAAGAAGAAAGUGGAAGGCGAGAUGGAGACAGAGAUCAUUUGAUCCUUCCCGGCCCUCAGCUGAAAGGUUUGAGGCAGCCCUUUGGGAGAACAGACUCUGCUGACUGCCCCCCACAAUGCAAGUAGCCCCCUGGAAGGAUCGUCGACCUGGGUUUCCUAGUCCCUGCUGGAGUCUCCCCACCGAGCACCCGUAGCCAGGGGCGGGAGGGGAGCGGGGCGAGGAGACAAUUUAAGGAAAGCGCUUGUGCGUUCCCAGGGAGAGGGCGCACUCAGGAACCCUGGGCUUUGUGAUAUGCUGCCAAGUCCAUAAACAGCCUCCUUUUAGCA